CUUUCUUGUGGUGGGGAAAGUGCAGCCUGUGGCAUGGGUUGCUUGGCUGGAAUUAGCUGAGAAGGGCUGUCGCAGUCAGGCUGGAGACACCUACUCUGUCUUCCCUCAUCUCCAUUCCACAAGAGCCAGCAAAUGGAUGGCCCACACCUACGGCCGGCUGCUGCAGCGCUGGAGGGAUCGAGCAUUAAUGGGCCAGUCGGAGGCUCGCCGAGUCCUAGCUGAAAUGCUAACGCCCUCGGGGGGCUGUAGGUGUAACUGUUACCGCUUCAUAUCCUGGGUGACUGGCUCCAGCCCGAGCACCAUUAGCAAGGUUAACGAGCAGAUGAAGAGGACGGGGGGAGAUAGGGAGCCCCCUCCCCACAGACUCAAGCAGUGGAGGAAGGAGACCCCCAAGCCGAACAAGAAGGGUUGUGUUGCUGGGGAGAGAGUGGAACCCAGUCAGGCACCAUUGCUGGCUUCCCCCUCCACAGCUGGUUCCCAGGAGCUGCCUUCAGUCUCGGUCCACGGGCCAUCCUCAGCUGGCGAGCCGCCCACCUCUGUAACCGGCGCUCUGGACCCCUGCCCCCCGCCGCAGGCCAUGCCUGUCUCAGCACUGCCCGGCACCGGCGGGGAGAUGACAUCACCUUGUACCAGGCGGCCAGCUGGCACCUUCUCUCCUGCACCGGCUGCUGCUCCAAAAGCUGCAUCCGCUUCUCUGGCUCCCUCCAGCCCCCUGCUGCACAGAGCCCAGACUGAGCAGCAGCAUCCGCGGGGCCUUGGCUACACUAGGGAUCCAGCCCACCCUGCGCAGCCUUUACCCCUGGCCCAGUCUCUGGCGCUCUCUCAGCUUGGGCCGGAUGCCGGGCUCCGUCCAGCCCGUCAGCAGAUGCAGGGAGUGGAGGAGAUAUGGCAAGGCCAAAAGCUGCAGCCGCCUUUGAUCCUGAUGGGGGCAAACAAAGGGGCCGUUCCGGGGGGCCGGUUUCUUGGAGGCUGCGUUGCAGGUGCUGAGAGGGGCCUGCUGCCCAACGCAGAACAGAGGCUCCCGUCCCAGGUGGCAGGAGGCGAUGAGACCUGACAGCCGGUAACAGCCUUUCUGAGCUUCCCCCCUCACCUCCCCUUAGCGUUUUCAGUGGACUUGCCCUGGCCCCCGUGUGCACGCUCAUAGUCCGGAGCCAUCCUACAGGCUGUGCAAGAUCCUGCUAGUUCUGGGCCUGAGUGGUUGAUGUCUAGGGGGUGAGAGGGAGCCUUCUUCCCAGCCAGCCCAGGGGAGUGAGAGGCUGGGACCUGGCCAGGAGUUGGUCCCAGGGCUCCUGUCUGCCAGUGCAGAAUGCUAACCUGGAAUCCACGCCCCUCCCUGGGCCAGCGCCACUCAGCCUAACCCUGCACUGGCUCCUGCUACAGAGUCAGCACUCACUUGCCCUAAGGUAGGACUGAAUCGCCUGGGGGAGCGGUCUCCUUCUAGGCUUUGGAACUCUGCCCCAUUGCAGCUUCCCUACUUUGCCCUGUAGGAAAGACAGGCCCCACUGGGUCCUGUCGUCAGUGGCUGGGAGAGCCAGUUCCUGUUCCCAUGAGCCGUGCAGCAGGGGCUGGCCGUCGCUGCAAACAGAGACCCAGCACCAAGGAAGCUCGUAAGCACCUGCUUAACCUUUAGCACGUGCACUUUCCCCAGGCACGGCUGCUGGAGUUCUCCUGAAGAACACAGCCCCCAAAGGCCUUGGGUCGGCCUCCUCUCUCGGGCUGGGAGCCCUCAGCCCCGGCUCCCAGCCCCAGGGCUGCUGUGUUCUAGCCAAGCAGGAGGAAGUUACUCUUGGCAUGGAAGUUUGGACCACAUGUUUAUUAAGCACAACCCGCCCCCCCAGCCCCUCUGUA